GCUUUGUAAGGAAAAAGCUGCAGCGUCUUGCGGAUUUUUCAUUGCGGAUAUGUGACAAAUCCGCGAUGGAACCGCUACGCGAAGCUCCUUUUUAGUUCCUUACAAAUGCUAUUGCUAGCUAGUAGUUUAAGUAGUUAUCCUUUAUUAGGCUAAUAAAUAAAAGAAGCAUGCGAAAUGUAGUUACCAAAAUUUGUCAUUGUCAUGCAGAAGGGGGGUCCGGAGGCUUGGCUGAGGAACAUUUUCAAAUCACUUGCAAAAAAUCGUUUUACCGGGCCAUAAGCAAUUCGCUUGGGAUUGAGAGAUGUAUAAGCAUCAGCAAGAGAAAACGAAAAGACUUUCGGUGGUCUCACGGGCAACGUAGUUUUGAUUGUUUUCUCCGAGACGGAAUAUCUCUGACGUCACGAGAACCCACGAUAUCGAUACUACGAAAGGAAAGUCCCCGAGAAGCAGGAGCAAGUGUAGGCUUGAUAUUUGUGAUAUUUAUUCAGCGCUCGGCUCGCCCUCCCUCGCCGUGCCGCAUGGGCUUGCACUCACUGAUUGUCAUUUGCAGACGACUUCUGACUUGUGUGCGCAAAGUGUGGAAGAGCAAAAAGAGUUGGAACAGAAGAAGAUGUUUGUCUCUGCUUUUUACGCGUCCAGCAGCUUGCUACAGAUUACACCCAUUGCCGCUGGGAAAUGUAAAACAAAACUACCGCCCGCACUUAGAAGAAGCGAUCGAAAGAAAAAGUUGCGCCUUGCAGCU